AUGGGUGAUAUCUACGCCUCCGUAAGCUAUGCAGGCCUUUCCUGGACGAGUCCUCACGCCCUGACCUUCAGAGGCACCUUCGUCUUGGCAGCCAUCUCAUGGCAGCGUGCCGUAGUUGAAGAUCCAGGACGUGUUCCGGAAGACUGGAGGAUAAGUUCAAGCGGGCAGCCGAUCUUUGAGAAGGAGGGAGGCCUCCAUUUCCCAAAGAAGCGCACAAGCCCGGGUGGACGGCGGUAUUUCUGCAGGAAGGAGGGGAAGUUCCGGCCCGAGCGUGCGCAUUUCUGCAGCGUUCUGGAUCGGAACGUCUUGAGGAUGGACCACUACUGUGUCUGGCUCGCCAACUGUGUUGGCUACCACAACCACAAGUAUUUCUACCUUGCCUUAUUCUACUCUGCUGUUGCUUCUACCGUGGGAAAUGCGGUGCUGGUGCAAGCUUUCCUCCAUCCAUCCCAUCUACCUGUUGUGCACAGGGUGAUCCUCUUGCCAGGAACUUUGCUGUCCUCCCUCCUGCUCGCAAUGCUGUGGCCGUAUCUCGGGUUCCACACCUUUCUGAUCGGCCGCAAUCUGACCACCAUCGAGUUUCUGGAAACUCGUGAUCUCUUUCCUGGCUUCUCCAAGUACGAUGAGGGCCUCUAUAGCAACAUCCAGUGUGUCCUGGGCGACUCGUGGCCGCUCUGGCUUCUUCCCAUGGCCGGUCCCAGCGGAACCGGAUUAGAAUGGGGGGUCGCAGAGACCCAGACCGAGGGAUUCCUGUCCUUCACGAAACUACGGGAAGAUGAUGAUGCUCCGGCAGAGGAGCUUUCAUCCAGAACAGCAGCAAGCUCGGCCUCCGGUGAGCAGGCGGCGGGCUUCGACUGCAUGACUCGCUGGGCCACCGGAGGUGCAAUGGCCUUGGAGGUGCUGGCAUGCGACUCUUGGCAGUCCUUGUCUCAAACUGUGGCGGCUCUGGCCAGCUACUGCGGACCCUUGCAGAGGUCUUCCGGCCCAGCGGCUUGA